UUAACUAGCUGUUAACAGGGAGCAGAUCUCUUCUGAAGAAACUACAGCAACUUGUUGCUCGCAACUGUCCUUGUAGAAGAUCAUGGCAGGAAUAGUUUCAAAGAAGAAGGCGCCAGGGGUUGAUUUUUGUGGUGUGAAUAACUACUAUUACAUUGUUCGUUCUGACCUUGGCUGUUAUAUGAAGUCUUCCAACUUUAACAAAGGAACAGACCUGGUUGUGUACAGUCUGCAUCCAUCAUGCCAAGGAGGAGACCACUACCUUGCUCACCAAGAUGACCUCUUCUACAUUAUCAAAGGGAAUGAAUAUCGGCGCGUGUUCAACAUGAACAAGGAUGACAACUCUGUGGUCUACAGUAUCCAUCCCAACUGUCAGGGAGGUGAUCAUUACCUGUCUGCCUUUGGAAAUUUCUACAUCAUCUUCCAAGACAAAGGUGUUUACCGUCGCACUUCCAAUAUGAACAAAGACAGUGAUGCCGUUGAAUAUACUCUUCACCCAAAUUGCAAAGAUGGUCUCUAUUACUGGGGUAUAGCCGACCACUAUUAUUUUGUGAAGUCGGGUACAAAAUGGGGAGUCGAGUACUACAAAGGUACCAACUUCAACAAAAACCAUGAGGUUGCAACCUACUCCUUCCAUCCUGAUGUGGUCAACUUCCUGCCUGGUGGGUUGUCUGUCACUCAAGGUCCAGCCCUUGGCAGAUGGGAAAACAUUAAAACUAUAUCCAAUGAUUCUGAGACAGAGGUAACCUGGACAAAGAAGAUAACCAAGAAAGUUGGGUUCAAGAAGGAAAAGAUGUCAAGCAUAGAGCACAACUGGAAUGUGUCAAUGAGUGCUUCUUAUCAGUCAGGAGAUCUCACGGCAGCAUUCGCAAAGUUUCAGUUUUCGAUCAGUGCUGAGUAUGGUGGAGCAAGUGUCAACACAGAAAAUGAAGUGUGGGACGAAUUAACAGAGGUUGAGGAACAAUUACAGGCGGAAAUUAAACCCCAUGAAAAAAUAUAUAUAUGGCAAUACAAUCUUAGCCUUGGCAAGGAAGCAGUAUUGUUCUGUCAUGACACCAGAAUUGAUGACGUUCCCACACCACCUACUGAAAUACCCCUUCCAACUUCUACACCCUAACUGAUGACAACACCACACCUACUGAAGCACCGCCCCAACCUUCUACACCCCAACUGAUGAGAGCACCACAUCUACUGAAGCACCACCCCCACCUUCUACACACUAACGUAUGAGAGCAUGACACCUGUUGAAGCACCGCCCCAACCUUCUACACCCUAACUGAUGAGAGCAUGACACCUACUGAAGCACCACCACACCUUCUACACCCUAACUGAUGAGAGCAUCACUCCUACUGAAGCACCACCACAACUUCUACACCCUAACUGAUGAGAGCAUGACACCUACUGAAGCACCACCACACCUUCUACACCCUAACUGAUGAGAGCAUGACACCUAAGCACCGCCCCCACCUUCUACACCCUAACUGAUGAGAGCACCACAUCUACUGAAGCACCACCCCCACCUUCUACACACUAACUGAUGACAACACCACACCUACUGAAGCACCGCCCCAACCUUCUACACCCUAACUGAUGAGAGCACCACAUCUACUGAAGCACCACCCCCACCUUCUACACACUAACGUAUGAGAGCAUGACACCUGUUGAAGCACCGCCCCAACCUUCUACACCCUAACUGAUGAGAGCAUGACACCUACUGAAGCACCACCACACCUUCUACACCCUAACUGAUGAGAGCAUGACACCUACUGAAGCACCACCACACCUUCUACACCCUAACUGAUGAGAGCAUGACACCUAAGCACCGCCCCCACCUUCUACACCCUAACUGAUGAGAGCAUGACACCUACUGAAGCACCACCACACCUUCUACACCCUAACUGAUGAGAGCAUGACACCUACUGAAGCACCACCACACCUUCUACACCCUAACUGAUGAGAGCAUGACACCUAAGCACCGCCCCCACCUUCUACACCCUAACUGAUGAGAGCACCACAUCUACUGAAGCACCGCCCCCACCUUCUACACACUAACUGAUGACAACACCACACCUACUGAAGCACCGCCCCAACCUUCUACACCCUAACUGAUGAGAGCACCACAUCUACUGAAGCACCACCCCCACCUUCUACACACUAACGUAUGAGAGCAUGACACCUGUUGAAGCACCGCCCCAACCUUCUACACCCUAACUGAUGAGAGCAUGACACCUACUGAAGCACCACCACACCUUCUACACCCUAACUGAUGAGAGCAUGACACCUACUGAAGCACCACCACACCUUCUACACCCUAACUGAUGAGAGCAUGACACCUAAGCACCGCCCCCACCUUCUACACCCUAACUGAUGAGAGCACCACAUCUACUGAAGCACCACCACACCUUCUACACCCUAACUGAUGAGAGCAUGACACCUACUGAAGCACCACCACACCUUCUACACACUAACUGAUGACAACACCACACCUACUGAAGCACCGCCCCAACCUUCUACACCCUAACUGAUGAGAGCACGACAUCUACUGAAGCACCGCCCCCACCUUCUACACCCUAACUGAUGAGAGCAUGACACCUACUGAAGCACCGCCCCCACCUUCUACACCCUAACUGAUGAGAGCAUCACUCCUACUGAAGCACCGCCCCCACCUUCUACACACUAACUGAUGAGAGCACGACAUCUACUGAAGCACCGCCCCAACCUUCUACACCCUAACUGAUGAGAGCACGACAUCUACUGAAGCACCACCCCCACCUUCUACACACUAACUAAGGACAACACCACACCUACUGAAGCACCGCCCCAACCUUCUACACCCUAACUGAUGAGAGCAUGACACCUACUGAAGCACCACCACACCUUCUACACCCUAACUGAUGAGAGCAUGACACCUAAGCACCGCCCCCACCUUCUACACCCUAACUGAUGAGAGCACGACAUCUACUGAAGCACCGCCCCCACCUUCUACACACUAACUAAGGACAACACCACACCUACUGAAGCACCGCCCCAACCUUCUACACCCUAACUGAUGAGAGCACGACAUCUACUGAAGCACCGCCCCCACCUUCUACACCCUAACUGAUGAGAGCAUGACACCUAAGCACCGCCCCCACCUUCUACACCCUAACUGAUGAGAGCACGACAUCUACUGAAGCACCGCCCCCACCUUCUACACACUAACUAAGGACAACACCACACCUACUGAAGCACCGCCCCAACCUUCUACACCCUAACUGAUGAGAGCAUGACACCUACUGAAGCAUCACCACACCUUCUACACCCUAACUGAUGAGAGCAUCACUCCUACUGAAGCACCGCCCCCACCUUCCUCACCCUAACUGAUGAUAGCAUGACACCUACUGAAGCACCGCCCCCACCUUCUACACCCUAACUGAUGAGAGCAUCACUCCUACUGAAGCACCGCCUCCAACCUAAUGAAGCACCGCCCCCACCUUCCACACCCUAACUGAUGAGAGCAUCACACCUACUGAAGUAACUGAUGAGAGAACCAUCCCUUUCAAUUGCAUAGGGGUAGACAACUUUGGCUCUUGCAGUCCAUUCUGUUGCAGGGCUACUAAUCCCUAAUGAAUUAAUUGACCCUCCUGCUGCUGCUGCUGUGCUAAAAAUUAACGUUGUGGUUGGAACAAACUUCCAAUGGAUUAGGAGAGCCAAGUUGCCUACCCCUGUUGUAGUACCUCCUACUUAACCAAGAUGUAGUUCUACACAGAACACUAUUCAUAGUUUCCGUAGUACAACCAUGGGAAAAGCAUGGCGAAACUCUAUUUACUAUGGCAAACUUUUUAUUAGGGCGUUUAAUUAGGGUGUGACCCAGAGCGUAGGAAUAAUAAGGUUCUAGGAAGCAACAGUUUUAAUUUAGUUAUAUUCUGAAUAAAGAACAAGCAAACAACUAAUGAAAGCAGUGCUAAGGCGGCAAUUAAGAAGUAAGACCAUUCUUAACCACCGUUGUGCCUUAUUAAAGAUACAAUGCAUAUUAAUUGCUUUUUUAAUUUCUGUAAACAAUUACUUUGAUUUUAUACUACUAUUGAAACUUUAGUGAACUAAAUAUUGUGCCUGGACUGUUGUCCUGAAUUUGAAGUUGUGUGUUUUUCUUUUUAUUCUAUUACAUUGGGUUGAAUUAUCAUGGGUAACUAAUCAAAGUUGUUAAUUGAUUUAUUUGACACUUUUAUCAUUAGACUCGUAUUAUCUAAUGUAUUCAUGAAGCUUGGCUGAGUAAAAUGUGCAUAUUCUGAA